AAAUCACUUGCUGUUUACCCGGAACAUACAAAGAAAGUUUAAGACGUGAAUUGCAGUAAAUGUGUAACAUAAAAACACUGCGAAAUAAUUUGUCAAUAAAUGGGUGUGUGAUAUUGUUUAAAAGUCAAAUAAAAAGCAUGACGAAAAGAAACAUUAUAGACUUUUCUUUAUUAAAUUUGAACAAUUGCAUUUGCUAAUAAAAGAAAGUUGAGUUAAAAAAGUAUGCUUGCAUUUUUGAUAUUGAAAGAUUUGAAUAGCUCAUUAUUUGACAUUGCCAAAUUGUUUGAAUAUUUAAAAUAUCCUAAAGUAUAUUAAAGUCAUGGAUGACAAAAAAUACAAAGAUGUCUUGCUGAAAAUUGCAGUUAAUUUGUUGGAUAGAGAUGUUGAAGCAAUUAAAUUUUAUUAUUCAAAACAAAUUGGUGAUGCUGAUCUUGAAAGGAUUACAACUCCUAUCAAAUUAAUUCAAAUUUUAGAACAGCGUAUGCUUUUAGGAAUCGAUAAUUACAAUUCUUUUGUAGAGGUGCUUACAAAAAUUGGAAGAAAUGACCUGGUUAUUUAUUUCUUUGAGAUUUCAAGUUCACCAAACAAAGAUUCCAAUAUUUCUUUCAAAAAAGAUUUGUUGAGGAUGUCGGCUGAACUGAAAAAAUUUUAUCUUAAUUAUUAUGGGAAAAUUGGUGAACUUCAACCACUAUUAAAAGCAUCUGCAAAUGUUGAUCUCAUACAAAAAUUUAUUGAUCUAUGUAUUGUUGAUGCAGUUAAUGCUCAAAUAGACGCUUAUUUCAGUGUUGAACGAAAGGAAUUUCUUGAAAAGCAAAUUCGUUAUACACCAAUUCCAUACAGUGAUAUAUUUAUGAAAGAAAAACCAGUAAUAUUAAUAUCUGGAAUAGCUGGUAUUGGGAAAACAUGGUUGCUUAGAAAAUGUUUGCUUGAUUGGUCAAAUGAUUUAAUUUGGAAAAAUGUUGAACUUGUUUUCUAUUUGGAAUGCAGGAUACUCAAUUCAUAUGCAAAUAUUUCUAAUAUUAAUGAAUUAUUAAAUAUUUUCUACAAGGAUAUUGUAAACGAUUUUAAAUUUAGUAGUCACACUGCACUGUUUAUAAUUGAUGGGUUGGAUGAGUUUAAAUAUUUCAAUGAGCUAUUAAAUCCAAGUUUGACUAGCACUCCGAUUGUUAAAGUUUUACGAGAAAUUCAAAAAUACAAACAUGUAAUUGCUGGUAGAGUUUAUGCAAUUGAUCAAUACCAAAGUAUAUCUACAGAACAUAGCGAUAAGUUAACCAUUCAAGUAAUGGGGUUUAAUGAAAAUGGAAUAAAUAAUUAUGUAGAAAAUCAUGUUAUAGAAGAAAAAAAAGAAUUCGUAAAAACAACUUUAAAGGAGUCUUCAAUUGCAAAAGCCAUGGCAUCUGUUCCGUUUUAUUUAUCUUCAAUGUGUAAAAUUAUAAGUGAUUCGAAAAAAAUAGAUACAAAUUCUUUCUUAACAAUGACAGAUUUGUAUACAAAUAUUUUUUUAUACUUUUUGCGAAAACAUAUCAUAAAAAACAAUAAACUGAUAUAUGAGAUAAUGGAAGACAGUUCCAAUAAAAAGUAUAUUUUAAAUAUAUUUGUAAAAUUGCAUAUAAAAUGUUUGUUAACAAUAAAAUAAUUUUUUCCAAAGAUGAAAUUCAAGCUUUUAUUAAUGACUUUGAUAAAAAUGAAGGUAAUUUCUUUGGAUUUAUAGAAAGGAUUGAAACAGAUCUUGGUUGUUAUUAUCAAUUUGCACAUUUGACAAUAAUGGAGUUUUGUGCAUCUGUAUAUGCAUAUAAUUGUUUAAGUAGUGAUGAGAUUAUGGCCAAUGAGAGGCUGAAGAUUAGUUGUUUAUCAAUGAUUUGUGGAUUAGCCAAUAAAAACCCAAACAGUUUAUUAAAGUUUCUUGUUAACCUGGAUUCUUCUAAAAAACACUAUAAAGAAUCUUCAUUUUUGUUUUCUAUUUUGG